AUGGCUCCCAGCGCAAUCGAAACUACCAAUCAAGCAACCAACAAGCUCCUUGUCAAGCCGUGGAGCCGUCCAGAACAAACCAAAGAGGAUCUUGAAUGGGCGCCACUAACUACAAUUGACCUUGCGCGCUUCGAUGAGCCUGGAGGCAAACAGGACCUCGCACAGCAACUAUAUGAUGCAAUCACCAGAGUUGGUUUCUGGGUGGUGACUAAUUCCGGAAUCGAUGAUGAACGUGUCCUCAAGCAGUUCAGCAUUGGAAACACCUUUUUCAAGGAAGAUCUAGAGGAGAAGAGAAAGUUCCCCUGUAACUUUGCAGAGGGCGAGUAUUUUGGAUAUCGCGAGAACUCCCGAUGGAUCGGUGAUACAGGUGUGAAAGAGAACAUUGAGAUGCUCAACAUCCACAAAGACAUCCCAGCCUGGUCCAAUAUUGGUAAACACCAAAUUGUAGAGCAGAACUGGGACGAGAUCCGCAAAUUCCACAGGGACGUCCACGAAAAAGUAGCACGCAAACUCUUCAUUCUCAUGGCCAUCAUCCUCGAGCUGCCAGAAAAUUACCUCGCAGACGCACACGCGUACGACGAGGUAUCAGAUGACCAUCUGCGCUACAUGAUCUACAAUGUCCGCUCACAGGAAGACUGGGAUAAAGCGCAAGCUUACUCAAAGGGUGGUCAUACUGACUUCGGGAGUUUGACUUUACUUUUCAGUCAGCAUGUUGCUGGUCUACAGAUCAAGACACCAGAGGGAGAGUGGAAGUACGUCAAGCCGGUCGAAGGCGGCAUUACGUGUAAUGCGGCGGAUACGUUGACAUUCUUGACAAACGGCUUCAUCAAGUCCACCAUCCACCGCGUUGUCACACCGCCCCAUGACCAAAUCAACAUCCCACGUCUGGGCCUGCUGUACUUCAGCCGACCGGGCGAAAAGACACCCAUGCGAACAGUCCCAUCUCCUCUCCUCGACCGUCUUGGCUUGAUCACAGAGAAAGAUAAAGACUCAAGUAGACCUGUGCCCACAGGAACGGAGUAUGUGCGGGCAAGAGUGAAGGAUGUGCAUCAUAAGACUGUGUUGGAUAAGCGGGAAGGUACUUCGUUCCAUUUCAAGGGCUUGGAGGUGAAAAAUCACUACGAUUAGAGGCACUAGGAGGGUUUGGAUUCAGUGGCGUCACCGCAAAAAACCAUGCUUCGUUAUGUAGUCAUUUCUGGUGCAAGGCGCUGCGCGUUUCAUCUGUUUGGUAUCGUUGAGUGGGUC